CCUCCGCAAACUUCUCCUCACGGUUUUGAAGGCAGGAGAGAAAGACACCCAUUCUUCACAUUGGAGCACUUUUGAAAAAGCUCGCCUCCAUGGAAGAGGUACAAGAUUUAGCAGAACAGCCAAUAAAAAAGGCCAAGAUGCAGGAAUCAGGAGAAGAACUAUUAAGGCAAGUGAGCAGCACAGACAGUAAUGAUCAAAAGCCCGAAUCCUCAAGUCUUGCUUCAAACUUGUCUAUAUCCAAUCAAAUCAUGCCAUGCACUGACUACAUCUCAAGGUCAUCAAAUGACUAUACCUCACAGAUGUAUUCUGCAAAACCAUAUGCACAUGUCCUUUCUGUACCUGUUUCUGAAACGAUGGCCUCUUAUUCUGGGCAGACUCAAUAUCAAACACUACCACAGUCCCAGACAUACGCAGUUUAUCCCCAGACAACCCAAGCCUACGGACUACCUCCUUUUGGUGCACUGUGGCCAGGUAUGAAACCUGAAAGUGGUUUAAUUCAGACUCCAUCUCCAAGUCAGCACAGUGUUCUUACCUGCACUACAGGGUUAACCACAAGCCAAUCCAGCCCAGCACAUUAUUCUUACCCUAUUCAAGUUUCAAGUACCAAUGCCAACUCAAUUUCCACUUCCUCGCCUGCUGUCAAUAUUUCAGCUGCCACCGCCAGCAUCUCUCAACAGGAGUAUCCUACUUACACCAUCCUUGGCCAAAGUCAGUACCAGCCGUAUUAUCCCAGUUCAAGUUUUGGCGUGAUAGCACCAGCAGACAGCAGCACAGAGACCAACACAUUAACAUCUGCCACAUAUCCUUUGGAAAAAUCAAAUGCCAUGGUGCCUACCCAGACGGUGCAGAGACAUUCCUCUGGUGAUCCAUCUACCAGUCCAUCAUUGCCAAGAGCGACUGCAAGUAAACAUGUAGAUGAGCAAUCUAGGAGAAACAUGACUGCAAAAAACAGAGGCAAGAGGAAAGCAGACGCUUCUUCACCGCAGGACAAUGAGCUUGAAAGAGUAUUUCUGUGGGACUUGGAUGAGACCAUCAUAAUAUUUCAUUCUCUUCUGACAGGCUCAUAUGCCCAAAAAUACGGGAAGGAUCCCAGUUUAGUUGUUGGCUUUGGUUUGACAAUGGAAGAAAUGAUUUUUGAAGUGGCUGACACACACUUGUUUUUCAAUGACUUGGAGGAAUGUGAUCAAGUACAUGUAGAAGAUGUUGCAUCAGAUGACAAUGGCCAGGAUUUAAGCAAUUACAGUUUUUCCACUGAUGGCUUCAGCGGUUCAGGAAGUAAUGCCAAUCAUGGUUCAACAGGAGUCCAGGGAGGAGUAGAUUGGAUGAGGAAGCUGGCAUUUCGCUACCGGAAAGUACGCGAGGUCUAUGAUAAAUACAAAAACAAUGUUGCGGCUCUCCUCAGUUCUGAAAAAAAAGAAGCACUACAGCGUUUAAGGGAAGAUAUAGAAGUGUUAACAGAUUCUUGGUUGGGAACAGCGUUAAAAUCCCUCCUGCUCAUUCAGUCCAGAAAAAAUUGUGUGAAUGUACUGAUUACAACCACUCAGCUAGUGCCAGCUCUGGCCAAAGUCCUGCUGUAUGGACUUGGUGAAGUGUUCCCCAUUGAGAAUAUUUAUAGCGCUACAAAAAUAGGUAAAGAGAGCUGUUUUGAACGAAUUAUCUCUCGAUUUGGAAAGAAAGUGACCUAUGUGGUGAUUGGAGAUGGCCGUGAUGAAGAAUUGGCAGCCAAACAGCACAACAUGCCGUUCUGGAGAAUCACAAACCAUGCAGAUCUGGUGUCCCUUCACCAGGCCCUCGAAUUAGACUUUCUGUGAGGACCUGGGCCCAAAGCAGCUUGGCCCUGCUCUCAACAGGAACCAGUCUGGGGACUUUCUUUUUCAUCCAGACAAAGAAAUGCAGCCAGUGGAAGUGUACAGCAGGAGGUUCUUCCCCCAUCGCUGCUUUCCCGGGAGAGCCCACAAAGCCUUGGCAAUGCAGCUCCGGUGCUCGAAUGGUUCUCUUGUGUUU